AUGAGUGCUACUCCAGACUUGGGUCGGAGUUCAACAUCAGCAGCGUCUCCAGCAAUGACAACAACCACAACAACAGCAGCGGCAGCAGUACCGAACCAACCAAAGUCAUUCACUGACUACACCACUCCUUCACCUAUUGAAGAGGAACGUAUUCAUAAACCACAGCAGGAGAGAUUCUCGCCCACAAAUGCCGAUUUAUUGUCCACUUUAAAGGACUUCAAUGUCGACAAGACAAAAUACAAACAUUAUGGACACCUGUCCCUGAUGAAUGCCCAAAUUUUGGAGAAAGUUAUGCACAUGAAUACUCCAGAACAAGAAAGUGGCUCCUCACUGAAUACUGGUAAACCAAAGGUGGAGGAGGAGAUGGCUCGGGUGUUAGCCGCAUUGCCAAACACCAUUGAACAAAAAGGGGCACAGUCUCAGAGUACAGACCUAUUGAGUGAAUUGAUCCAAUUGCAAAUAGAACAAGAAAGGACAAAACAAAGUGUACUCAAAAAGGAGAUUGGCAAUACCGCAUUACAAUUGUUUGCCAUUGCUAAAGAGUUGAAUGUGAAUGCCGACCUCAUUCCAUUUUUGUUUGCAUCAGAUUCUAUAACACUUCAAGGAUUGAAUAAUCUGAUUGACAGAUUGAAGCAAGAUCCCACUGGUACAAUUAAUGAUCUUACUGAGCACUCGAGACAGUCCGAGGUUGAAAUGUCAAGAUACAAGAGAAAGCACUCAGACACACAAUUGCCAUCGUUUUCAGAAACAGCACAAAGUAUAAUUGGCUCGAAUAUUGCAUCUCCACUGCGAUCACCAAACAAGACACCAGCAUUGGCACAUAGAAGGGUAGUAUCCGAUAGCAGUGACUCAACCACCAAAGGAUCUUCACCUAUUAAUUCCGGUUUCUUGCCACUCCUGUUUAUUGUCAACUCAAACGAGUCUGAGCAAAACCCUGAACCGCAACAUCGUCAUCAACAUCAUCAACAACAACAACAACAACAACAACAACAACAAGAGCAACAUUCUCAUGCAUCUCUGGGUAUAACUCAAAGCCAGCUGCUACAACAUCUGCCAAAUAUACAACCACAACCUUCACCUCCGCCUACUACUUACCCUGCUAGUCACUACACUACUCCACAACACGUCCCCAAACCACCUCCGCCAGCACCACAGGCACCACAGGCACCACAAGCACCACAGAUACAACACUUACCACUACCACCUGCUGCUGGACACGCCACAAACCCACAACCUACCCCUGGUCAUGAAAUGUCCAACCUGGGCUCUCCACAUUUGCCAAAAUAUCCUCUUGUACAUCCUCACGCAUAUCACCAAGGCGGCUCCAAUUAUAUUCCUCAGCAAUACCCUUAUUAUGUAUCUACAUCCCCUUCAGCUUACAAUCACCAUGCAUAUGCUUCUACUAAUGCAGUCGGAUCUUCUCCACAACAGCAACAGCAGCUCCAGCCUUCGCUUCAAGUGUCGUCACCAAACCAGCCACAGCAGAAUUCUUCACCUGGUCAAAUAUCACCUCGUCCAGUGUACCAGCAAAAACCACACACUAAUUCUUCUCAAUCCACUAAGAAACAACCUGUUCCUACACACCAGUUUGAGUCUAGUGAUUCCAAAAAGAUUGUGUUUAAAUCAGUGGAUGAGGACGCACCAGCUUCAAAGAGGCAAAAGAAUUCUAAGCAGACUGGAAGUAUCAAUUUCAUGAUAACGACACCAAAGAACCCACCAGCAAGGAAGUACAACAAUCCUAACAAGGAGAAGUGA